CUACAACAACUCGACAUGGCAGCACAAUCUUCCUUUCCAGCGCUGCUGGAGACCCUUACGCAGGCAUUGACGUCUGCCUCGGAAUCUUCGAAAUCGUUACAUGCGCCAAUUCCUCCCGAGCAUGGAAUAUCUCUUCUCGACGUAAAAAACGAGUUAUUCCUGUCGUACCUACAAAAUCUCGUCUUCCUGAUCAUUCUCAAACUACGCAACCGCAAAACAAGGAACUCAUCCCCCGACGAUGAUGAGAAUGAAGAGCUUGACAACUCCGUUGUUAAAAAACUGGUUGAAUUGCAGGUGUAUCUAGAGAAAGGCAUGCGACCGCUUGAAGGGCGUCUGAAGUAUCAAAUCGACAAAGUUUUGCGCGCAGCAGACAACGCAAAGCGCGCCGAGGACGCGGCAACAGUGGCGAAGAACAAACCUACAGCAAAACUUGCAAGGAAAAACCAGGCGCAAGACGAAGAUACAGAUGCCUCUUCUGAUGAAAGUGACGACGAGGCUAUAGAUAGUGUUCCCCAACUCGAAGCCAACCAAAUCGAUGACCUCCAGUAUCGACCUAAUCCCUCUUCUCUUAUGCGUCCCGUCAAUCUCGACGAUGCCGAUGAUACAAAUGGCAGAUCCGAAAAUGAUGGAAUCUAUAAACCACCUCGCAUUCAGGCAACAGCCAUGCCAACCACAACCGGUCCACGCGAGAAGAUGGAUAGAAAAGCAAAUAAGUCCGCAACUCUGGAUGAAUUUGUCAAUACCGAAUUAUCGGCCGCGCCAUUGGCAGAGCCAAGUAUUGGUUCUACAAUCACCGGCGGAGGACGAAGAAGCAAGAGUGAAAAGGAAAAGAAGGAAGAGGCCGAACGCCGAGAGUACGAAGAAAAGAACUAUGUCCGUCUACCAAAGGAGACCAAAAAGGAGCGGGCCAAGAAGAAGGGAGGAAGAGAUGCUGGAUAUGGUGGUGAGGAGUGGAGAGGUCUUGGUGAGGGCAUUGAUAGGAUUGAAAGGUUGACCAAGCGAAAAGCUGGCGAAGGAAAGAAUAUUUUGGAUAAGAGUCGUAAAAGAUCUACUGAGCAUGGACCUAAGAGCAAUGGUGGCGCAGAAUUAGGUCAAGGGUUCCAAAAACGAUUGAAGACAUUGGAUGGCGGGAGAAGGGACCGAGGACGAAAGUAA